AUUGAGGAGCAGCUUCAUACCCUAACUCUUCAGCAAUUUUAGCAGAAAUUCCACUAAGCAUACAGGAGCUUGAGUUUAAACUUUAAAGUUCUUUGUUUAGAAUGAUCUCGAGUCGGCUACUCAGUCUCAUUUUGGUUCUGUGGCGGAGCAUUUACCAGUUGCUGUGCAAGUUCUCUUCGGUAUAUAUAUAUAUUCGUUCUGCUACGAAAUCAUUCUUAUUCUUACAAACAGUCAUACUCUCUAAACCAUAUCCUGAUGAUUAAAAAAAGUACCCACAUGUCAGUCCUUUUGCUCAACCUCUCCAACGCCCACCGACGAUAUUAUAGAAGCUUAGCAAUUAAUAAACCCAUUUCACGUUUCCCUGCUGUCCAUCCUUCUUCACCAAUAAAUCUUAAAAAUGAUAACACGGAAAUAGUCCAGAAGGUCUACAUGGCAUUAAAGGAAGAACCCAGUUUAGAUUCUCUAAAAAAGCUUUCUCACAGAUUGACUGCUGAUCAUGUGAUCCAAGUAAUACUUAGAGGGCAAUUGAAAGUUGGUUGCUUGCUGAAUUUUUUCAACUGGGCCGGGCAGCAGCAGGGUUUUAGACAUACGGUUCGAUCGUACUGUACUAUGAUUCAUGUUCUGUGCCAGGCCAGAAUGUUCCCGCAAGCACGGUCUCUGCUGGAAAUCAUAGUCUCGAGGAAGGGACGCCAUUCAGCUGCUUCUGUUUUCCAGGUACUUGUAGAAACACAGAUCCCCAGAAAACAUACACCCCCUGCUGUUUAUAAUAUGUUAAUGAAUAUAUACACACGGAGUGGAAUGAUCCCAGAUGCCAUACAGUGUUUAAGAUUGAUCAAGAAACACAAGUUUGUGCUUUCCUUGCAGACCUGCAAUGCCAUUAUCGGGAGCUUUCUUAAGUCUAAAUCUACUGAUUCUGCUUUGGAUUUAUAUAAUGAAAUGGUAGAAUAUGGAGUAUGUCCCAAUGUCUAUACAUUAAAUAUGACUAUUACUUGUCUUUGUAAGGAUGGGAAGCUGGGAGAAGCAAGUAGUUUGUUUGAUGAAAUGGAGAAGAGGGGCCUUUCUCCUAAUUUGGUGACUUUCAAUACUUUGAUUAGUGGGCACUGUAAGAAGGGGCAAAUAAGUGAUGCUUACAAGCUUUUGACUGUGAUGGUGGAACAGGGCAUUUGCCCUAAUAUUGUGACUUACAGCUCUUUGAUUAAUGGGCAUUGCAAGGAAGGCAGGUUGGAGGAAGCGUGUAAGUUGUUUGAGGAGAUGAAAGGAAGGGGUGUGAUUCCAGACGGUGUCAUUUUUACAACAUUGAUCGAUGCACACAGUAAGUUAGGCACAAUUGAGGCUGCUUUGAAUCUACAUGAUGAAAUGGUAAAACAAGGAAUAAAACUUGAUGUGGUUGCAUACAAUGCACUCGUCCAUGGGCUCUUCAGGGCUGGAAAGUUAAAGGAAGUUAAAAGAUUCCUGGAUCUAUUGGUGAAAACAGGGUUGGUGCCUGACAAGAUCACUUAUACUAUUUUAGUUGAUGGAUUCUGUAAGGAAGGUAAUUUGGAAAAGGCUCUAGAGAUUCGAAACAAGAUGGCUAUGAAAGGUAUGAAGAUGGAUAAUGUUUGUUACACUGCUCUGGUAACUGGACUUACCAGGCAAGGAAAAGUUGUAGAUGCACACAACAUGUUGCAUGAGAUGUUAAAGGCAGGUUUCAUGCCUGAUGAUGCAACCUACACAAUGGUUAUUGAUGGGUACUGCAAGAAUGACAAUUUAGAAAUGGCUUUGAAGCUAUUCAAGGAGAUGGAGCAUAAUGGAGCGGUGCCUGGUGUGAUCCAUUAUAAUGCUCUUAUUAGUGGACUUUGUAAGAAAGGCCAGACACGGAAGGCAAACAUGCUUUUGAAAACAAUGAUUGACAGAGGCUUAGUGCCAGAUGAUAUUACCUAUAACACUUUAAUUCACGGACUUAGUAAGAAAAAAAAUUCAGAAGUAUCUAGGAAGUUACAUGACGAGACUGGUUUUAUUUCAGACUUUGGAGCUUACACAUCACUAAUGGAUGAAUUUGAAAGCAAACCAGAAUUUACAAGAGAAUGAUACCCUCGUUUGCUAUUUGGCAAGGAAAACGCAAAAUUACAUCAGGCGCCAGUCAAAUAAAUAGAUAUUGGAUACGGGGAAGGAAAUUGGGCAGAAUUAAUAUUGAGGUUUUGAUCAAAGGAAUUAACUUUCAAAUUCUUUUCUAAAAGAUACCACAUCUUGUCUGAAUAUAACUAUUUCAUGCCAGUAUUCAUGAGGUUGUUCACAGCGUCUUGAUGUGAUGCCCUGCUUUCGCAUUUGGUUACAACAGUAAUGCAACUGAAAGUUGAAGGAUAUGACUUUUCUGUGCUGUAUUAGAUUUCAUGUGAGAAUUGAGAUAAGCUGAAGACUUUUUGCUGAUUCGAUGUAGCUUUGAAGAUUUCAUUUUUAUUUAUGUUCAAUACCUCCAAUCUUAUUUUCACUAAUGUUCAACCAAUUUUAUUGUAAGAGUGAGGAAGUAAUUUUCACUAUAUAGUAGUUAACCAUCUUGAUCCUUGUUUGGCAAAAUGGUAACAAUGGUUGGGAAAGUUUCCUUGCGCUCUUCUUUAUAUAAAAAACUGAUGGGCACUUAGAUAGGUAGCUGUAUAUUUCUUUGGGGUCAUUUUUAAACAGAUUGUCCCAUUUUUCUCAGGUGUAAGGACCAUGACUUGUGAAUAAUGUCACUUCCAUUGAAAAAAUUGCAAUAAAUCGUGAGAAGUUGGAAAUAACCAUAAA